UCAGCCGCCUCCACCAUGCCACCUAAGUUUGACCCCAACGAGAUCAAAGUGGUGUACCUCAGGUGCACCGGAGGCGAGGUCAGCACCACAUCUGCCCUGGCCCCCAAGAUCAGUCCCCUGGGUCUGUCUCCAAAAAAGGUUGGUGAUGACAUCGCCAAGGCAACUGGUGAUUGGAAGGGUCUGAGGAUUACAGUGAAGCUGACCAUUCAGAACAGACAGGCUCAGAUUGAAGUGGUGCCUUCUGCUUCUGCUCUGAUCAUCAAAGCCCUCCAGGAGCCACCAAGAGACAGAAAGAAGCAGAAAAACAUUAAACACAGUGGCAAUAUUUCUUUCGAUGAGAUUGUCAACAUUGCCCGACAGAUGUGCCACUGGUCUUUGGCCAGAGAACUUUCUGGAACCAUCAAAGAGAUCCUGGACACCGCACAGUCUGUGGGAUGCAAUGUGGAUGGCCGCCACCCACACGAUAUCAUAGACGACAUCAACAGUGGUGCAGUGGAAUGCCCAGCUAGCUAA